AUCGGGUGGUUUGCCUGUCGGUUGGCAUUGUGGAAUUCCUUGACAAAGGAUUUAGAAGCAAAACGAUUUCAGAGAGACACUGAAGGGUCGAAGGAAAGUGCUGUUCAGGUUUACCAACAGGCAAAGCCUGCUAGGGCAGAGGAAUCCCCCACACCAGCAGUAACUGGAGGCAGAGAACUCUUAGCAGAGGCAUGUGUCCUGUGCACACAGAUCUUCCUGUGGCAUCUGUUUAUCCCUGCUUUGGGUGACAGUAGACUGAUUCUUUGGUCCGAACAACUGUGGUUAUCUUAUUGCCUCCUGAAGUUUCCUCAAUACCCAGGAAGGGUGAGCACCUCACUGGGAAUGUCUGUUUUUCAAUAACUUUCAAAGUUCACGGAUCUAGCCCAUUAUUAAAUUUUGGUCAAAGAAAUUAGUCUGUUCUAAAGUUCUGGGCCAAUAGAAUGACAGGAAGGCAAAAUAGCCAUCUUCUUGUAGGAAAUAAAAGCAUUAUGAGAUCUCUCACAAAAGCAGGAGUCCUAUAUUUGAGAUGAGAAAUAAGAGUCUUUCAAAAUUGAAGUGUCUGAAGGAUAGGAAAGUCUUCCUUUGGCUUUGGGGCUUUGUAUGACCAAAGGUGGUGGCAUAUAUUUGGGGCUUUUUUAUUCCCUGUGAUUUUAACAUACUGAUUCUUUAGUUGCUGCAGUUUGGAAGGAAUUUCCAUUUUACAUUGGUGUUAAUAUGUCUUAGCUCCACCCUCCUUCUUCAUUCAGUAACUAACACCAUGUCAUGUAGUGCACGUUAUUAGAAAACCAAUGGCAAAAGCUCAGCACAGCUUUGUCAGAACACUGACUUCAGGUUCUUAUAGGAAGUAUAGAAGCUUUUCCCUGAGUCAGUGGUCUUUUUGGGUUGGCCUUCUAAUUCUGUUAUGCCUUAGAUUUAAGAGAAACAGGUAUCCUAAACUUCCUCUAGAGCACACACAAAAUCCAGUGAUUCUAAAUCUGGUGCAGUUAAGUGAGUCCUUUCAUUGUUGAGUUGCUAAAUUGUGUUUAUUCAAGCUUUUUUAUUCUCUUUUGUAUUUUAAAUUGUAGAAUUCUCCAGCAUGUCUUCCCUGACAGAAAAGGACAGACCAAUUGUUCAGCUGUUACUGAACGCUGGCACUUGCCCACGGUGCGUUUUAAGGUUCUGCAGCGUGGGAUCACAGGUGCUUUAUAGACAUCCAUACAAGGAUUUGAUGAAGGUUUUAAAAGAAUUUCUGAAAAAUGAUCCAGAAAAAGAAGAUACAGUUUGUUUUUAUGUAGUUGAUCCCCCGUGUAAGAGAAUCAGACUUGAACACCCUGAAGAGGGGCCCGAGGAUCUGAACCACAAUGGAGCGCUCCAGCAGAUUCCUCAGGUUAAUGAUGAAAAUACUGCAGUGGAGAAUUCGGCUGUGAAGGUUUGCAAUGUGUGUUUGGGAAUUCUUCAGGAGUUCUGUGAGGCUGACUUUGUUAAAAAGGUGUGCCAAAAGGUUAAUUCUGCUGAUUACCAAUUCACUAGUUUUGUAUUUUCUGUGUCACUACCCCCACAGCUGUCUGUUAGGGAGCGUGCUGCUUGGCUGGUGUUAAAACAGGAAAUGAGAAAUCUGGGCCUUUCCUUGGUGAAGGAUGACAUUGUUCAGCUGAAAGAAGCUUACAAGUGGAUUAUUCAUCCCCAGUUGUCUGAAGAGUUGGGUGUUCCUGCUGAUGGAAAGAGUUUGUUUGAAGUUAGUGUGGUCUUCGCUCACCCAGAAACAGAUGAGGAGUGCCAUUUCCUAGCCACAGCCUGUCCAGACUGUUUCAAACCAGCAAAGAACAAACAGUCUGUUUUCACUAGAAUGGCAGUUAUAAAAGCCCUAGAGAAGAUAAAAGAAGAGGAUUUUCUCAAGCAUUUUCCAUGUCCCCCAAGUUCACCAAAGAACCUCUGUGUUGCUCUGGAAAUUCAGUGCAAUAACGGUGCAGUUUUUGUGGCUGGAAGAUACAACAAAUACUCAAGGAAUUUACCUCAGACUCCGUGGAUUAUUGAUGGGGAGCGGAAGCUGGAAUCCUCAGUGGAAGAGCUGAUUUCAGAGCAUCUAAUGGCACAAUUCAAAGCAGAUAGCUUUAAUUUUUCUUCCUCUGGAAGAGAAGAUGUGGAUGUAAGAACACUAGGCAAUGGAAGGCCCUUUGCAAUUGAGCUUGUGAAUCCUCGUAGAAUACAUUUUACUGCUGAGGAAAUGAAGAGGCUUCAGCAGACAAUUAAUACCUCUUCAGACAAAAUACAGGUUCGAGAUUUACAGCUUGUCACCAGAGAGGCAAUUGGUCGUAUGAAAGAAGGUGAAGAGGAGAAGACAAAGACCUACAGUGCCUUAAUAUGGACAGACAAAGCAAUACAGAAAGAAGAUAUUGCAUUUCUAGAUGAUAUCAAGGAGUUAAAACUCGACCAGAAGACACCUCUGCGGGUGCUUCACAGGAGGCCUCUUGCUGUAAGAUGUAGGAUCAUUCACACCAUGAGGUCUGAGUACAUAGACGAGCAUCAUUUUCGCCUGCACCUGAAGACUCAGGCAGGAACCUACAUUAAAGAAUUUGUGCAUGGAGACUUUGGAAGAACAAAGCCCAAUAUUGGCUCCCUACUGAACAGAACUGCUGACAUUCUGGAGCUGGAUGUAGAAUCUGUUGAUGUUGACUGGCCUCCAACCUUGGAUAAUUAACUUUUCAAGCUGGGACGAGGAAGAAGCAGCUCCGCUGUCAGCAGCUGGUGACUGAGCACUGUACAGUAUCAGAGCUUGGUUGCAAACUGAUUUCUGUUGAACAUUUGGAUCAUGUUGAUCUGCCAAAGCAUACUGUUACUUUGAAUCAACUUUAAACACUCUGAACAGGUAGUGUUGGUUCAAUCUCUAGCCUUAUUUUAAUUGCCUCUGUGGAUAAAAGGAUUUUGGUAAGCUACUGUAUUGAUACUAAGUCUUUUUAAAGGAAAAUAGUGUAACAUAUGCAAAGGGAGUACUCAGCAAGUACAUCAAAUAGCCAUUCUGUAAUAGAUUAAAAUGUUUUCAUUAAAAACAACCCUCCCUCAAGCCA